AUGACCGGUCCCGCUUUCGAACGACCCAGCUCCGCUGCUGCAGGUUACCACUCCUCUUCCAUCCCCCCGAGCCCGCGUCCAUCUGUCACUGGCAGGGCCAGCAGAUCCAGUCUACGUCGCGACCGGGAUAGCCAUGAUUCCGGCGCCUAUCCACGGCCUGCGUCUGCAGCUCUCUCACAUAGGACAUCUCAUGAUGAACCCAUGUACCGUCCGCCAUCCUCCUCUCCGCCACAACCGCAGCCUGCGCCCCAACCGACAUUCUCCCCGCCCUUUGUGCUCCUCACUUCCACCUCGCAUGCUUCGAGCAGUCAGACCGUUCACCAUCCGGCGGUUCGGUACAUUUUUGCCGAUGACGAUCCAGAGAUCUUGUCUGCCGAGCUGACGCAGUACCACUACACAAAACAAGACGGCAGCGAGGAUAAAACUGGUCCCGGUCACCGUGCCGUCAUCAUAGAUAUGGAUCAACGAGAGGGCGAUAUUGGGUUUGAAGUAGCCUGGGCAAGCAGCCUAUCGCCUGACUGGGCUGUCACAUCAGCAAGCAUGGCCAAGAUGGACGGCGGCGGCGGGGGACUGGUAUUAAAGGUAGAAGGAAUGAGCCUCGAGCCGCCCAUAUCUUUGGCCGCUUCAUCAACAACGGGAAAAAUGCAGGAUUCUGAAGCUGGUGAUAUGCACUCUUCCGGUGCGAGCGGUGAAGGGCAGCAACGCCGUCCCCAGCCAAAACAAAGCCCAUCAUCGUCAGAUGAAUAUGGAGCGUUGCUCCAGGACUUUGAGAAGCGGAUGGCGGUUCUACGGAGGGUGGCUGAGGUCGGUGCAGAGAGACAGCGAAUAAUGCGGGAGCAUGAUCAUGGUGAAAUGGCUCCUGAGGUCUCAGCGGGCCAUCAAUUUGCUCCUACAGUUGAGGGCUCAGACCGCUUGCAAGAUUGA